CGGCUCUCCUUCGUUGCAUCUGACAUCUUCUUUAUAACACCCUCCUUUCACUCCCACUUCUUGCAUUCUUCACGUGCAAACCUUGUUUACUAACAAAUCUCUGUCCCGUCUCAUUACAUGUGUGAUCUUACUGACAGUACCUGUUAUUGACAUUUCAAUGGACAGACUGCGUACCUUCCACUUCGAUGGGGUCGUGAGCAAUACAAAGCCUUCUGACAUAGCCAUGGCUCUUUUGGGCCUUUUUGUUUUCAGCACCCUUGUGCAAAGAUUCACCUCCAAGGGCCCCAUGAUCUGGCCUGUGAUGGGUAUCAUUCCAACCAUCUUCUUCCACGUCAGCGACAUCUACGACUGGGCCACAGAGGCCUUGAUCCGUUCCGGUGGGACAUUCCCCUACAGGGGCAUGUGGAUGGGUGGUGCUCAUGGGGUACUGACUGUCGAUCCCUCCAACAUAGAGUACAUGCUCAAAACAAGAUUCAAGAACUUCCCCAAGGGGAAGUACUAUAGAGAAAGAUUUGCUGAUCUCCUCGGCGAAGGCAUCUUCAAUGCCGACGAUGAAGUUUGGAAGGAACAACGGCGGGCUGCCACGUCAGAGAUGCACUCCAGCCGGUUCGUCGAGUACUCAUCAAAGUCCAUACAGAACUUGGUGCACCACAAACUCUUGAAGCUACUAGCCAAGCUUGCCAAUUCAAGGGAGAGCAUCGAUCUCCAAGAUGUGCUUCUACGUUUCACAUUUGAUAACAUAUGCACUGCUGCAUUCGGUGUUGACCCAGGAUGCUUGGCCAUCGACCUUCCAGAUGUACCCUUCGCCAAGGCAUUCGAGCAAGCAACCGAACUCACGUUGUUCCGGUUCAUGGUCCCACCCUUUGUUUGGAAGCCCAUGAGGUUUUUCUCCAUUGGCUCGGAGAAGAAUCUAAAAGAGGCCGUCCAGAUCGUUCAUGAGUUUGCAGAGAAGACAGUCAUCGACCGUAGGAUCGAAUGGCAUAAGUUCGGAGGCUUGAAAGACCGGUCCGAUCUCUUGUCGAGGCUCAUCCAAGCACGAGACACCCAUGAACAAGGUGCAACUCAUCACUUCUCGGACAAGUUUCUAAAGGACUUCUGCAUAAGUUUUAUCUUAGCUGGAAGGGACACGAGCUCAGUUGCACUUGCAUGGUUCUUCUGGCUGAUAUAUAAAUACCCACAAGUAGAAAAGCGGAUUCUGCAAGAGAUCACCCAAAUCAUCAGACGCAGAAUAGAGGACGAAGAAUCCAUCGACAAUGUUGUUUUCACAGUAGAUGAAUUGAAAAAGAUGGACUAUCUCCAAGCUGCACUGUCGGAGGCUCUUAGGUUAUAUCCGUCUGUGCCGAUCGACUUCAAGGAGGUCAUCGAAGAUGAUGUCUUCCCUGAUGGAACUGCAGUGAGGAAAGGCGCUAGAGUCAUCUACUCAAUCUUCUCAAUGGCAAGAAUGGAGACUAUAUGGGGGAAGGAUUGCAGGGAGUUUAAGCCAGAGAGAUGGAUUAAAGAUGGCCAAUUCGUAAGUGAAAAUCAGUUCAAAUACGCCGUCUUCAACGCAGGGCCGAGGCUGUGUGUAGGUAAGAAGUUUGCAUACAUGCAGAUGAAAAUGGUGGCUGCUUCUGUUCUGUUGAGGUAUUGUGUUGAAGUGGUGGAAGGCCAUGCUGUUGUGCCUAAGAUGACCACCACUCUCUACAUGAAGAAUGGUUUGCAAGUGACUUUCAAGCCUAGGGUUCUCUCUACCAUCUGAUUUCUUCUUCUUUCUUCAUCUUCCUCUUCUUCUUGUUCUUGUUCUUCUU